UCGCUGCUUUGUAACUUUGUAACAAGAUGGCGGUAUGUCCCUUAGCUUUUUGUUAGCCAUCUUUUGCUCUUCUCUUUCCGAAGUUUAGGCGAGAUUGAUCAUUAAUGGGUCGUCAGUGCUUCUAUAUGUCUGGAUGAAGUUCUCUGAAAGGAAUUAGCAGUUUUUACCUGCCUUUUUUUAGUCGUUACGCUCUAAUGCUACGGACGUUAGCUUAGCUCUUUAGCUGUGUGAAGUGGGAGAGAACACGUCGAACUAAAUCCAAAUCAAAGUUACACAACGGAGAAGAUGGAUCAGAAAGUACUGAAUGUACUUUUACAAGUUGAAGAGACGCAGCAGAAAACAGGGCCUGAACCACUGAACUGGUGCUCCACUCUGAACCAUGAUGGCGCAGAGCCACUAUGUGUUAAAGAGGAACAGGAUGAUCUUUGGAGCAGUCAGGAGCUUCAAGAGUUGACUCAUGCUGAUGUCAACAAGUUCCCAUUGACUUCUUUGAAGAGAGAAAAUAAAGACAUACCUCACUCAUCACAGUGUCAUCAAAGCCAAGCAGAGGAAAUGAGAAAGCUGGAGCCUCUUGGCAGAAGCACAGCCACACAGAUGAAAACUGAAAAUGAUGGAGAGGACUAUGGUAAAUCUGUGCCUGAAGACAGCAAUGACAGUGUUGAUAGUGACUUUUGGAAAGAGACCAGGGAACGUCAGCCAGGUCGAAGUGAUGAAAGUAACGUAGAUAAGAAACACUUUAGCUGCUCUAAGUGUGGCAAAGGAUUUGCUUCCAUGCAUACUCUGUGGAGACACACGAGAAUGACAGAAGAGAAACAAUUUGGCUGCUCUGAAUGUGGCCAAAGAUUUGCCUAUAAGAGGAAUCUGAAGACCCAUAUGCGAAUACAUUCAAGAGGACAAUUUAGCUGCUCCGAGUGUGGUCAAAAUUUUGUUUUAAAGCGUCAACUCAAGGCACACUUGAGAACUCACACAGGAGGCAAACCAUUCAGUUGUUCUGUAUGCGACAAAAGAUUUGCCCGUCAGGCCUCUCUGAGGAUACACAUGAUAUUUCAUACAAGAGAGAAACCAUUUAGUUGCCCUGAAUGUGGUCAGCGGUAUGGUUACAGGAACAAUCUGAAGGAACACAUGAGAGUUCAUACAGGAGAAAAACCUUUCAAAUGUGAGCAGUGCGGCAAAACAUUUUGUAGCAGGAAUGGUAUGAAGGUACACAUUAGUAUUCACACAGGAGAUAAACCGUUUAGCUGUUCAGAGUGUGGUAAAACGUUUAGUCAAAGCAGUGUUUUGAAGAAGCAUAUGGUAAUUCAUACAGGAGAGAAACCAUUUAGCUGUUCAGAGUGUGGUAAAACAUUUAGCCAAAACAGCCAUUUGAAGAACCAUAGGGUAAUUCAUACAGGAAAGAAACCAUUUAGCUGUUCAGAGUGCGGUAAAACAUUUAGCCUAAACAGCCUUUUGAAGACUCAUGUGGCCAUUCAUACAAGAAUCAAACCCUUUAGCUGUUCUGAAUGUGGGAAAACAUUUAGUCAAAUCAAAUAUCUGAAAAUUCACAUGAGGAACCAUGCAGGAGAGAAACCAUUUAGUUGUUCUGUGUGUGGUAAAACAUUUGGCCUAAAGAGCAGUCUGAACAGUCAUAUGAUAAUUCACACUGGAGAGAAGCCAUUCAAAUGUUCUGUGUGUGAUAAAACAUUUGGCCGUAAGUGUAAUUUGAAGCUACACAUGGUUAGUCAUACGGGAGAAAAACCAUUUAGCUGUUCUGAGUGUGGUAAAACAUUUGGCUUAAAGCGCAAUCUAAAGAUCCACAUGGUCAGGCAUACAGGAGAGAAACCAUUUAGUUGUUCUAAGUGUGGUAAAACAUUUGGCCUGAAGCACCAUAUGAGGAGACACAUGAUCAGGCAUACAGGAGAGAAACCAUAUCAGUGCUCUGACUGUGGUAAAACAUUUGCCCUAAAGUACAUCCUGAAGAUGCAUGUGAGAAGGCACUCAAUAUAAACAGUUUCAGUACUUCUGUAUAGCAACCAAAAAUGUAGGCCGCCCAUCAUCUAAUGUGACCACUUUGGACAAUAACCUGAUGGUUGUUUCUGCGCAAUAACUGAAGAACAUCUCCUCUAAUUGAAGCUAUUUCUUGGUGGUGAAUUGGGAGUGACUAAAGGAAGUAUCUUUUUGAAAAUUGGGGGUGGUUCCUUCAACCAAUAAGGCUGCUGGAGACACCAUCUUGAUUUUUUGUUUCUGCGCAAUAACUAAACAAAAAUGGGGCCAAUACACAUUUCUUAUUGUU